UUGCAAUCUUGUCAUAUUUCUUCAAGUAAUGUUUGUAACAGCCUUCCUCUAAAGCUGAGAGAGUGUGACUUGCCUAAGGAUUUCCGUGGCUGAACGGAGAUUCGAACCCUAGUCUCAAACCAUUCCAACACACGGUGCCUCUGAAUAGUACCUAGGACUGCAUUGUAAAAAAAGUAUAAUCUUCUCUAACACAUGUAGACGGUUAGAAGUGGCGACAGCUUGGGAAAGUUCCAUUUGUAGAACAAUAGGUUCCAGAAUCCCCUAACCGGAAUGAUUAACUGGCUGGGGAAUUCUGGAAGUUACAGGUCAGAAAUGGAACUUUUCCAGAGCUGCACAAUAGACUAUACCACUGAGAGUAUGUGGUGGGAGAAGGAAGUGGCUCAAAAUGCUCCUUGGGUUAAGAGUCAUCAAACAACCACCCUGCAAGUAGAAAGCUAGCUCAGCAGGGAGACAUGAAUACUGCACCUUGCUUCUUCCUUGGCUAGAUUCCUUUUCCUUUCCUUAAUUUCACUUUUUCCUGUCCCCGCUCCCCUCCGUUCCAUUCCAGAAUGGGGUCGCCUGUGAUUGUUCUUAAGCGGUCCGUGGAGGUCGGCCGGCCCCUGUGCCCAGUUCUCUUACCCUGAAGCCCAUUGCCAGCAGUGUGUGGAGCCCGCCCCACACCUGCCCCCCGCCAAACCACGGCCUUUACCUGCGUCUUCCAGUGUUUCCCCUGCGACCCGUCCUGUGGGAACGCCUCCUGGGCCGCCCACGAGUUCCCCCAAAGCUCCGUGGCGCCAAUGGUGAAGAUGACUCGCUCCAAGACCUUCCAGGCCUACCUGCCUUCGUGCCACAGGACCUACAGCUGCAUCCACUGCAGGGCCCACCUGGCCAACCACGACGAACUCAUCUCUAAGUCUUUCCAAGGAAGCCAAGGCCGGGCCUAUCUCUUCAAUUCCGUAGUUAACGUAGGCUGUGGCCCUGCAGAAGAACGGGUUUUGUUAACGGGACUGCAUGCGGUCGCUGACAUUUACUGUGAAAACUGCAAAACCACGCUGGGGUGGAAAUAUGAACAUGCGUUCGAAAGCAGUCAAAAGUAUAAAGAAGGCAAAUACAUCAUUGAAUUAGCGCACAUGAUCAAGGAUAACGGCUGGGAUUGAACGGCGACGGGGGAAAAAGCAUGCCCACAAUCCGUGCGAGAGAGAAAGAGAGAGAGAGAAUGCCAUCCAACUGAACAUUUAUCUCCGACAGAGAGCGAGUGACUGAAAACCGCUUCGUUCCAUGCAUUGGGGGGCUUUGUCGUCGUCUUCAGGCGCCCUUUUUUGCCAUCCUUACCGGUGACCGGCCUCGAUUAACGUCCGUCUCUUUGCUUUUGUAUCUGUUUGUGAGUCAACUUCUGGUACCCUUCUUCCCGUCCCUCCUUUCCCUCUUUCUCUAUGUUCCGGCAUUGAUUGAAAACAAACCACCGCAACAAAUGAAGGAGCAAACCCAAUGGCUAAAAACCAUUUCACAACUGACGUCUCAUUCGAAACCGAAGGGGAGAGGGGGACGGUUUAUUGGAGACGCGUGUUUUUGGGGCCACAGGGUGGGCGAGACACGGGAACGGGGAUCCCUGCCUGUCCUGCCGUCCUUUUGAAAAAUCCUGGUUAACCAUGGCUUGAAACGUGUGGACCGUAAACAAACAAAAAAAUCUACAUUUAUAUACCUCAUGGCUAUGCCUUUUCGCUCUGUAUUGUGAGGCUGUCACCCCAAAAUCCUUGCUAGCUGGCGUCUCCCAUGUGAUUGUUUUGAAGUACUAAGCUUAUCAAGAAAGAGGAAAUUUUUUUAAAAAAGCUUUAGAGAGGUACUUGGGGAACUAUGUUUUCCUACCCUCCUGUUUCUCAGAGAAUAGGUUCCCCCAAAAUACCGCAGUGGUGAUCAUGAUAUUGUCGAAGGCUUUCAUGGCUGGAAUCAUUGGGUUGUUGUGAGUUUUCCGGGCUGUAUGGCUGUGUUCCGGAAGCAUUCUCUCCUGACGUUUCGCCCACAUCUAUGAGGUUUUGAGGUCUGUUGGAAGCUAGGCAAGUGGGGUUUAUAUUUAUUUAUUUAUUUACAGUAGAUUCUCACUUAUCCAACAUAAACGGGCCGGCAGAACGUUGGAUAAGCGAAUAUGUUGGAUAACAAGGAGAGAUUAAGGAGAAGCCUAUUACACAUCAAAUUAGGUUAUGAUUUUACAAAUUAAGCACCAAUACAUCAUGUUAUACAACAAAUUUGGCAGAAAAAGUAGUUCAACACGCAGUAAUGCUACGUAGUAAUUACUGUAUUUACGAAUUUAGCACCAAAAUAUCACGAUGUAUUGAAAACAUUGACUACAAAAAUGCGUUGGAUAAUCCAGAACGUUGGAUAAGUGAAUGUUGGAUAAGUGAGACUCUACUGUAUUUCUGGCAUUUAUACCCCGCCCUUCUCACCCGAAGGGACUCAGAAAUUCAAUGUCUACAACAUAGUUAUAAAUCAAAAACAGUACAUACAAUCCAUUAAAAAACCAUUAAAAUACAAUGUAAACAUUUAAAACAUGUAAUUAGAUCCAUUCGUACGUUUACCGUUAUUAUGGCUGUGUUCCGAAAGCAUCUCCUGACGCUUCUCCCACAACCUCUGAGGAUGCCUGACAUAGAUGUGGGCGAAACGUCAGGAGAGAAUGCUUCUGGAACAUAGCCAUACAGUCUGGAAAACCCACAGCAACCCGGUGAUCAUGGUGAUAAAUACAGUAGAGUUUUACUUAUCCAACAUAAACGGCCUGGCAGAACAUUGGAUGGAUAAUAAGGAGAGAUUAAGGAGAAGCCUAUUAAACAUCAAAUUAGGUUAUGAUUUUACAAAUUAAGCACCAAAACAUCAUGUUUUACCACAAAUUUGGUAGAAAAAGUAGUUCAAUAUGCAGUAAUGCUACGUAGUAAUUACUGUAUUUACGAAUUUAGCACCAAAAUAUCACGAUGUAUUGAAAACAUUGACUACAAAAAUGCAUUGGAUAAUCCAGAACGUUGGAUAAGCCAGUGUUGGAUAAGUGAGACUCUACUGUAUUCUGUUUUUUUUUCCUUCUUGCAAGUGCAUACUAAAGAGGCUGCUGUUGUGUGGAAAUGAAAGAAACUAUGGGUCAAGGGGAAAGCUUUGGGAGACUUUCUACCCAUUCCUGUGUCUGCUGCAAGGUCUAUGAUGCAUUGUGAAUGCCCAAAGAAAGCCUAGAUUCUUGGUUUGGAUGUUAAGAUUAUAAAUAAGAUAGUGCUGAUUUAUAUGUAUAUAUAUUUAGCAUCUCACAGCUGCGGAAGUCCGGGAGAGUUUCUGGGGUUGGUGAUGUUUUAGAAAGGCAAUAUUAUAAAAGUAUUUUUAUGAUGUCCUUCCCCACUCCAAAAAAAAAAAAUCCCUUAACGUAUAGGCAACUACAAUUUGGAGCCGCAAUGGCGCAGCGGGUUAAACCGCUAAGCUACAGAACUUGCUGACUGGAAGAGGGUGAGCUGCCCCUGUUAGCCCCAGCUUCUGCCAACCUAGCCGUUCGAAAACAUGCAAAUGUGAGUAGAUCAAUAGGUACCGCUUUGGCAGGAAGGUAACAGCACUCCAUGCAGUCAUGCCAAUGGCCACAUGACUUAGAGGUGUCUAUGGACAACGCUGGUUCUUCGGCUUAGAAAUGGAGAUGAGCACCAACCCCCAGAGUCAGAGUAAAGGGGAAACUUUUACUUUACAAUUUGGAAUUGCCACGAAUAAGGCUCGCUUUCCCCAAAUGCUUCUAAAGGCCAAUACCAGCUUGGAGUGGCUCUCCAUCUGCCUUUCAAUGAAUGAAGUUUGCUGCUGUCGAUCUGCCUGAGUACUGUUGUUUGCUGCUAAGCGUUUUCAGGAGCAAGUGUCACUUUGCUAGACAGAAGAGCGGGUGCUAUACUUCAGUUUGACUCUUUGAAACCUCUUCUGUUUCUUUCCCGACCUCCACCUAGAAAGGAUGGAGAAAUCCAAAGGGUUUGGCUUGACAGUUCUGAGUGUCUCACAGGCCUUACCUGUUUGUAUUUCCUUAUGUAUUAUCUCUGUGAGUCUUCAUCCCGCAACCGAACAGCUGGUUAACAUAAGGCUGUUCUAAUGGAUAUAUAUAUUUAUAUCCAUCCAAAUUAAUUUCUUCUCCGUCUUUCCUUCUCCUUUCGUUCCUUUUCAUUUGCUCGCCUGCUUAUUUGUGGAAGUCUUUCAUGUAGGUUAAUCUGCUUGGCAAAUCCGUCACAAUCUGGUGGUAAGAAAGAUUGUUGUCAGAGCAAAAGGAGGAGGAGGAAACUCUUUUAGUGUGUUGUCGAGGGCUUUCAUGGCCGGAAUCAAUGCAUUGCUGUGAGUUUUUUGGGCUGUAUGGCCAUGUUCCGGAAGCAUUCUCUCCUGAUGUUCGGGAUGGGAAAAUCGAGUCUCCCAGAUUCUAUCCAUUGACAUUUCAUCCAUCUCAUAUAGCAUUCUAUUUGAGGCUGCAUGCAACUUCAGAAGUAAUUUCUAUAACAGGGGUCUCCAAACUUUUUAUCCACAAUCCUUCAAACUGUUGAGGGCCAAAUUAUCAUUUGAAAAAAAAAAUACAAACAAAUUCCGAUGUACACUACACAUGUCUUAUUUGUAGUGCAAAAACAACGACAAGAACAAGAACAAUGAAAUAAGAAUGAAAAAGCAAUACAAUAUUUAAAAAUAAAAACAAUUUUAACCAACAUACAUUUAUCAGGAUUUCAAUGGGAAGUGUGGGCCUGCUUAUGGCCAAUGAGAUAGUCAAGUUAAUUGGGAUUGUUGUUGUUGUUGUUGUUGUUGUUGUUGUGUGCCUUCAAGUCAUUUCAGACUUUGGGCGAGCCUAAGUCUAAAAUUUAUUUAUUUAUUUACUAUAUGUAUUUACUACAUUUGUAUCACACCCUUCUCACCCCAAAGGGGACUCAGAGUGGCUUACAAAUUAUAUGUACAUACAAUAUGUUAUAUUAUUAGCAUAGCACACUAUUAGCAUUAUAUAUUGCUAUAUUGAACUAUACUACUAUACUGUAAUAUUAUUAGUAAUAUAUAAUAUAUAAUUAAUACUAUUGUAUGGUAUUAUUAUUAGUGUUAUAUUGUAUUACAUUAUAAUAUUAUUAUCAAUAUUAUAUGUAUAUACAAUAUAUUAUAUUAUAAAACUGAGGGCGGGGGCCAGGUAAAUGACCUUGGAGGGCCGCAUCUGGCCCCCGGGCCUUAGUUUGGGGACCCCUGUUCUGUAACUUGUGGCUCUAGAGCAGGGGUCCCCAAACUAUGGCCCGGGGGCCACAUGCGGCCCAUUGAAGCCAUUUAUUCGGCCCCCACAGCACAAAGGCUGAAAGGGGUUGGGCUAAAUGGCCCAAGGGGUCUCUAUUAUUAUUAUUAUUAUUAUUAUUAUUAUUAUUAUUAUUAUUAUUAUUAUUAUUAUUAUCUAUAUAUAUAAAAGAGUGAUGGCAUCACGGCGACCCACAAAACAACAAAACUACAGGCCCCCCAACCUCGAAAUUUGACAACACAACCCAUCAUCCACGCCUCUAGGUUGAUACAACAAAAAGAAAAGAAAAAUAAAGUCCUAAUUGGAGAGAGAGGAAUAAUUGCUUUUAUCCAAUUGUUGCCAGUUAGAAGGCUAAGCUCCUCCAACUUGGUCUCCUAGCAACCCAAUAAAAAAUAAUAAAAAACACUAAAAAUUAAUACAAUAAAAUACGAUAAUAACAGAAAAUAACUAAAAAUAAUACAAGAAAAUAAUAAAAUAUAAUAAAUAAAAAUAUAACUUACAAUAAAAUUAAUAAAAAAUUGCAAAUAACGUCAAAUAAAAAUUACACAACAAUUUUUAACCAAUACCACCACCACUUUGCCACAGCAACGCGUGGCCGGGCACAGCUAGUUAUUAUUAUAAAACACGUUUUAUUGAUUGGUCCAUCGGCCGUAUCAAAACAUUUAACACAUAGACAUACAUACAACAUACAACCCGCGGUACAAAAGAGUUUUAAUAUGUGGGUCCCAGUGUGUUUUGUGAAUAAUGUAUGGCCCGAGGCAUUGGUCUCUCUCUUUCUUAUACAAUUCACAGCUGAACAGUACUUCUGCGAUAUCCUCCACCUCUGAUGCUCCACAAAUACAAAAUCUAAUAAUAAUAAUAAUAAUAAUAAUAAUAAUAAUAAUUAAAAUUGAGGCUGGGAGGCCAUCUGUCAGGGGUGCUUUGCUUGUGCUUUUGGUCCACAAAGGCAGAAAGGGAUUGGGCUAAAUAUUAGGCAUGUCCGAUCGAUGAAAAAAAUGUUUCAAUUCUCGUUUCUAAAGUAGGGGGCACUGGCACUUCGAUAUAGAAAGUAUUUCCGAUUUUUUCACCCAAAAAUUUUGGAUAUUUCCGAAAAUUCGUAAUGAUUCUAAAUGUUUCUAAAAUGGCGGACGCAAAAAAAAAAAAAAAAAAAGGAACAGGGGGGGACUUUUACAGGGCUCUCCCGCCCUCAUUUCUUGAGCUAUCCUCAUCAAAUUUGCAAUACCCUUGCAAGUUGUGCAAAGAUACUUUGAAAACUAGAAAUUCCCUUGCUAUAUUUGUAAGCAAGAAGGACACUGGAAAUCAAUGGUGUCUUUGGCUAUGUGAUCCCACAAACCUCAACCCAAUGCCUUCAAUUUGAAAUGGACCAGUGACCACCACGCCAAGCAAUGCCCUGGCAAGGAGUGCAAAGAUACUUUGAAAACUAGAAAUUCCCUUGCUAUAUUUGUAAGCAAGAAGGACACUGGAAAUCAAUGGUGUCUCUUGCUAUGUGAUCCCACAAACCUCAACCCAAUGCCUUCAAUUUGAAAUGGACCAGUGACCACCACGCCAAGCAAUGCCCUGGCAAGGAGUGCAAAGAUACUUUGAAAACUAGAAAUUCCCUUGCUAAGAGAAAGAACCAGCGACAAAACCCUAACCCUUUCUCCAAACCCCUCUGUGGGAACAGCCAGACCAGGCCCCUUCACCCUCUCUCUAUAUUUUUUAAAAAAUUUUGGGGGGGAAAAAUUAACGAAACAUUAAGAGACAAUUAGAGAAUGGGCCAACAAUGGUUCAAAUUACAUUGCUGGUUGCGCUGUGAGACAAUGUCUCGGAAUGCGUAUCAAAAAGCGAGAACAAUCCGAAAUAAUUCCGAUAUACGAUUCAAAACGAUUUUUUGGACAUGUCUACUAAAUAUAUUAUUAUUAUUAUUAUUAUUAAUAUUGCUCGGUGGCCACCUGGCCAACUAUAGUCCGGCCCUCCAACGGUCUAAGGGAUUGUGAACUGGCCCCCAGUUUUAAAAAUUUGGGGACCCCUGCUCUAGAGCAUGCCUGCUGUACACCCACUGCUAGUUCUUGUGGUCUACAAGUCCCAUCAUCCUCUUUCCUUGGUGGUGAUGGAAUUGAUUGGCAUUGUAGUUCGACCAUUCUAGGGCAUUCACUCCCCAGCCAUGAUCUUAAACUCUCCUUCCGAGCAAUUCCUUUAGAUGUAGUUUCUGUUUCUUUUUUCUGUUCUGUCAUAUGUCAACACCUAAAGUGCUUCUUAAACUGUCUUAGAUCUCACUGCUAUCUCCACCACCCUCGACUCCUUCUUCUUAGGAUAGCUGAGCGUUAGGGUAUUUUGCAAAAACAGCUGGAAUAGUCUCCAAUCCGUGUCACUCAACUGGCUUUGGGGUCCACCUACCGCAUGUCAAAUGCACAAAGAUAAACAACGUUUUGAACUGACAGCUUUGGAAAGACUCUCUCUUUGAAAAGCAUGACCAAAGAAUCUGGCUACUGUGUUGUCGAAGGCUUUCAUGGCUUGAAUCAUUGGGUUGCUGUGAAUUUUCCGGGCCAUGUUCCAGAAGCAUUCUCUCCUGACAUUUCGCCCACAUCUAUGAGGUUUUGAGGUCUGUUGGAAACUAGGCAAGUGGAGUUUAUAUUUAAUUAAUUAAUUAAUUAAUUAAUUUCCAGCAUUUAUACCCCGUUCUUCUCACCCGAAGGGACUCAGGGCGGCUUACAACAAUUGGCAAAAUUCAAUGCCUACAACAUACAGUAGAGUCUCACUUAUCCAACGUUCUGGAUUAUCUAACACAUUUUUGUAGUCAAUGUUUUCAAUAUAUCAUGAUAUUUUGGUGCUAAAUUCGUAAAUACAGUAAUUACUACAUAGCAUUAAUGUGUAAUGAACUACUUUUUCUGUCAAAUUUGUUGUACAAUAGAGUCUCACUUAUCCAACAUAAACGGGCCGGCAGAAUGUUGGAUAAGUGAAUAUGUUGGAUAAUAAGGAGGGGUUAAGGAAAAGCCUAUUAAACAUCAAAUUAGGUAAUGAUUUCACAAAUUAAGCACCAAAACAUCAUGUUAUACAACAAAUUUGACAGAAAAAGUAGUUCAAUACGGAGUAAUGCUAUGUAGUAAUUACUGUAUUUACGAAUUUAGCACCAAAAUAUCAUGAUGUAUUGAAAACGUUGACUACAAAAUGUGUUGGAUAAUCCAGAACGUUGGAUAAGUGAGACUCUACUAUAUCUUGUUUUAGCUUCAAAUUACACAGCUAAACUACACUUAACCCUACUGCAAUUACGAAAUGUAUAUAUCCGCAGAAUAAUGUCCAGGGUGGGAGAAAAAACUCUUGUCUGUUUGCAGCAAGUGUGAAUGUUGCAAUUGGCCACCUUGAUUAGCAUUGGAUAGCCUUGCUACCCAAGACAUUCAAACACAAUACUUAUAAUAAUAAGUCGAAGCUGAGAUUUCAAAUUGAUUAUUAAAACCUCAUAGUUUUAAUAUGAGAUUCGGGCUGUGGCGCAGGCUGGAGAGCAGCUGCAAUGAAUCACUGCAAUGAAUCACUCUGACCAGGAGGUCAUAAGUUCGAGGCCCGCUCGGAGCCUAUGUUUGUCUUGUCUUUGUUCUAUGUUAAAAGGCAUUGAAUGUUUGCCUAUACGUGUAAUGUGAUCCGCCCUGAGUCCCCUUCGGGGUGAGAAAGAAGGGCGGAAUAUAAAUGCUGUAAAUAAAUAAAUAAAUAAAUAAAUAGUUAGAAAGGGCCACAAAGAUCAUAUAGUCAACACCUUUCCGUGCAGGAAUGCACAAGCACUCCUGAAAAGUGACCAUCCAAACUCUGGUUAUGCACAUUACAGGCAAGUUCAACUUCUCGAAAAAACACCUCCCCAACAAAGGAUUCCCCCAGGCAAAAGGAGCCAGGCUUUGAAGCUGCAAGGCUAUCUGAUGCUAAUCAAGGAAGCCAAUUGCAACAUUCACACAAACAAGAGUUCUUUCUCCCACCCUGGACAUUAUUCCACAGAUAUAUAAACCCCACUUUGCUACUUUCCAACAGACCUCACAACCUCUGAGGAUGCCUGCCAUAGAUGUGGGCGGAACGUCAGGAGAGAAUGCUUCUGGAACAUGGUCAAACACACCGGACAACUCUCAGCCACCCAAUCUGGCUACUUUUUGUUUGAGUCCCAAUCUGGCUAAAAGGCACCACCUUUUCUCUCCCAUACAAGGCAGGUGAGCUUCUUAUCCAUGCCUGGAAUAGAUGGGAUAAAACAGAACAUUGUGCCAUCAUUUUGGGGUGGAAAUACCUAGAGAUUUUGUCUUGGGUAAGAAAAAGAUCUUCCUUAUUUAUGCUAGGUUAUUUACCUCCCCUUCUUCCUUGCUUUUUCUCUUUUGAAAUAAUCCCCGAUCCGUCUUCCUGGCAACAUUGUAUACCUAUCUCCCAUGCAAAGCUGUACUUCUUAAUGUAAAUAAGAUUUAAUUUAAGGAUAAUAUAUGGUGCUUUCUUCUCCCACUCCCCAUAACCCAUUUUGGGGAUGUUUAAAAUCCUGAAUGAUAUUAUAUUCUCCUGUUUCGAGCUAUUAUUUAAAGGGAAAAGAUAGUAUAAUGUGUUGUUGAAGGCCUUCGUGGCUGGAAUCACUGGGUUGCUGUGAGUUUUCCAGGUUGUCUGGCUAUGUUCCAGAAGCAUUCUCUCCUGAUGUUUGGCCCACAUCUAUGGCAGGCACCCUCAGAGGUUGUGAGGUCUGUUGGAAACUAGGCAAGUGUGAAUGUUGCAAUUGAUCAGCUUGGUUAGCAUUGAACAGCAUGGAGCCUCCGGUGGCCUAGGGGAUAAAAGCCUCGUGACUUGAAGGUUGGGUUGCUGACCUGAAAGCUGUCAGGUUCGAAUCCCACCCGGGGAGAGCGUGGAUGAGCUCCCUCUAUCAGCUCCAGCUCCAUGUAGGGACAUGAGAGAAGCCUCCCACAAGGAUGGUAAAACAUCAAAACAUCCGGGCAUCCCCUGGGCAACGUCCUUGCAGACGGCCAAUUCUCUCACUCCAGAAGCAACUCCGGUUGCUCCUGACACGGAAAAAAAAAAGCCUUGCAGCUUCAAAGGAAACCAUGAAAACGAACAAAAUCUGGCUACCAGUAUUUAAAAACUUUAAAAUCAGGACAGUAAAUAAAGAACAGUAUUCAGAAAAUAGGGCCUUCCAAACGGGGCCAGCUUCCAACAAAGGUUUCCCCCAGGCAGGAAGCUGCCAGGUUUUUAAGCUGCAAGGCCAUUCAGUGCUAAUCAAGGAGGCCAAUUGCAGCAUUCACACUUGCCUCAAACAAACAACAGUUCUUUCUCGCAGCCAGGACUUUCCACAGAUAAAUAUACAGUAGAGUCUCACUUAUCCAAGCUAAAUGGGCUGGCUUGGAUAAGCGAAUAUCUUGGAUAAUAAGGAGGGAUUAAGGAAAAGCCUAUUAAACAUCAAAUUAGGUUAUGAUUUUAGAAAUUAAGCACCAAAACAUCAUGUUAUACAACCAAUUUGACAGAAAAAGUAGUUCAAUACGCAGUAAUGUUAUGUUGUAAUUACUGUAUUUAUGAAUUUAGCACCAAAAUAUCACGAUAUAUUGAAAACAUUGGCCACAAAAAUGGCUUGGAUUAUCCAGAAGCUUGGAUAAGCGAGGCUUAGAUAAGUGAGACUCUACUGUAGUUUCCAACACACCUCACAACCUCUGAGGAUGUCUGCCAUAGAUGUGGGCGAAACAUCAGGAGGGAAUGCUACUGGAACAUGGCCAUACAAUCCGGAAGACUCACAGCAACUCAAGGAUAGUAUAGUUUCCUGGGGAAAAUGGCACAGAAGAAACCGGAUCCCAGGUGAUGUUUGGAUCACUGUCGUUUUGCAAUCCUGUGCUUUUAAUCUAGAUUAUUAUUAUUAUUAUUAUUAUUAUUAUUGCUAGUGGAGCCGAACGUAAGCAGUGGCAUAUUUACAGAAGGGAGGAGAUGCAAAAGUCGUGGUUCAGUGAGACUAUCCGUGGGACGAUUUCCGUUCUAUAAGUGUAUUAAUAAUUUCAGGGAUGUUUGGGGAGGGGGGGGUGUCAUUGCGUAUUCUUGAAUGUAGAAGCAGAUCUUGAAAUGCCGUGCUUUCGAACACUUUUCCAUGUGAGUGUAAAUAAAUAGUCUGCUCUCAGUCUCUAGUCCAGGCUUAGGCUGUGCUGCUAACUUGCAUGAUCUAUUACUGCAAACCUCGUGCCUUUGUCUCUUUCUACGGCUCUUCUUUCCCUGGAGAAUGGCUCACCUUUCUAGCUCCAUUCAGAUCAGACCUCAGUGGAAAUCAUGGCCGGGACUUUACACAGACAGAAAAGUUAUUUUAUAUUAAAAGAUGUCAUAGUUGGAGGCCUAGGGAGGUGAGGAGUCCGAUGCAGAAGAAAUAAGAAUGGCCUUUGUGCCAGAUAUGGGCGCCUAAUGUGGUUUGAAGAUGGCACGACGAUUCUGGAGGCUUGGGUUCAAAUCCAUGUUUAACACAAUGGGAGAGUCACAUACUCUCAGCCCCAGAAAACAAUGUUAUUGGGUUGCCAUGAACCAGAAACAGCUUGAAGGCACCCCAAUAAUAAUAACAUAAUAAUAAUGCAUUGUCAAAGGCUUUCAUGGCCGGAAUCACUGGGUUGCUGUUGGUUUUCAGGGCUGUCUAGGCAUAUUCCAGAAGCAUUCUUUCCUGACAUUUAGCCCACAUCUAUGGCAGGCAUCCGCAGAGGUUGUGAGAUCUAUUGGAAACUAGGCAAGUGGGGUUUAUAUACCUGUGGAAUAAUGUCCAGGGUGCCCCUGGUGGCGCAAUGGGUUAAAUAAUAAUAAUAAUUAUUAAUUAUUAUUAUUAUUAUUAUUAUUAUUAAUAAUAAUAAUAAUAAGACACUUGGGAAGUGUUCGACUUGUGAUUUUGUGAUAUGAAAUCCAGCAUGUCUAUUUUGUUUGCUGUGUCAUAAUAAAAUAAUAAUAAUAAUAAUUGUUUUUCGUCAAUGCGACUGUCACCAUUGAUGUUGCCAUCCCAAGUGACAGUCGCAUUGACGAAAAACAACAGGAAAAACUCAGUCGCUAUCAGGACCUCAAGAUUGAACUUCAAAGACUCUGGCAGAAACCAGUGCAGGUGGUCCCGGUGGUGAUCGGCACAUUGGGUGCCGUGCCAAAAGAUCUCAGCCGGCAUUUGGAAACAAUAGACAUUGACAAAAUUACGAUCUGCCAACAGCAAAAGGCCACCCGACUGGGAUAUGCACGCAUCAUCCGAAAAUACAUCACACAGUCCUAGACACUGGGAAGUGUUCGACUUGUGAUUUCGUGAUAUUAAAUCCAGCUUAUCUAUCUUGUUUGCUGUGUCAUAAAAUAAUAAUAAUAAUAAUAAUAAUAAUAAUAAUAAUAAUAAUAAUAAUAAUACAGUGGAGUCUCACUUAUCCAACAUAAACGGGCCGGCAGAAUGUUGGAUAAGUGAAUAUGUUGGAUAAUAAGGAGGAGUUAAGGAAAAGCCUAUUAAACAACAAAUUAGGUUAUGAUUUUACAAAUGAAGCACCAAAAUAUCCUGUUAGACAACAAAUUUGGCAGAAAAAGCAGUUCAAUCUGCUGUAAUGUUCUGUUGUAAUUACUGUAUUUACGAAUUUAGCACCAAAAUAUCACGAUAUAUUGAAAACAUUGACUACAAAAAUGGCUUGGAUAAUCCAGAAGCUUGGAUAAGCGAGGCUUGGAUAAGUGAGACUCUACUGUAUUAAAAUACAUACACCCACAUCCCUUAAACCGCUUGUGGCGGCAGCACUGCUGACCCGCGGUGAGCUCCCGUCUGUCAGCUCCAGCUUCCCAUGUGGGGACAUGCGAGUAGCCUACCACAGGAUGGUAAAACAUCCGGGCGUCUUCUGGUCAACGUCCUUGCAGACGGCCAAUUCUCUCACACCAGAAGCGACUUGCGGUUUCUCAAGCCGCAGGGUGGGAGGCAAGUGUGAACGUUGCCACUGGCCAGCUUGAUUAGCAUUGAAUAGCCUUGCAGCUUCAAAGCCUGGCUGCUUCCUGCCUCUGCCUGGCCAUAGCAAAUUUCUACAUGGAAUGCUUUGAAAAAACAAGUUUUGGAAAUAGCAACAACAACAAAAAAAAAUACCCACGAUAUGGUUCAGAUAUAUGGAUGACACCAUCACCAUUUGGAGCCAUGGAGGAGGAGGAGGAGGAGGAGGAGGAGGAGGAGAAUAAUAAUAAUAAUAAUAAUAAUAAUAAUAAUAAUAAUAAUAAUAAUAAUAAUUUUAUUCUUAUACCCUGCCCCAUCUCCCCAAAGGGACUCGGGGCAGCUUACAUGGGGCCAAGCCCGGACACAACAAUAUAAAAGCAAAACAAUAAAACAGAUCAAUCAACAAUAAAAACAAGUCUACAAGUUCUUUCUCCCACCCUGGACCUCCCAUAGAUAUAUAAACCCCACUUGCCUAAUUUCCAACAGACCUCACAAGCUCUCAGGAUGCCUGCCAUAGAUGUGGGUGAAACGUCAGGAGAGAAUGCUUCUGGAUAACAAAACUCAUAGCGGACAAGUGAUUCCGGCCACGAAAGCCUUCGCCAACACAUUAAUCAUGGAUUUCAUACCAAGUUGUGGCCUCUGUACUUACAGUUUGAAGGGGAAAAUAGGAGAAAUCCCACUUCCUGCCAUUUCUGGAUUGUUUCGACCGCUAGGCCCAACUUUCCUUGUUUGUGUGCUGUGUUUCCAUGGCAACAGGAGAACGAAGGCUUCCUUGGACCUGCUAGGCCUCAGUGGUUUCCAUGGCGACCAAAGUUCCCCUAGUUACAGGCAUGGGCAAACUUCGGCCCUCCGGAUGUUUUGGACUCCAACUCCCACAAUCCCUAACAGCCUCAGGCCCCUUCCUUUUCCCCUUCAGCCGCUUAAUGAAAUGAAAUGAGAAAAAAAGACUAUAUAUAUAUAGUUCUAAUACCAGCCUGUCGUGUUGACACCCUCGUGUUUACAAACAAACAAACUUGUGUAUACUUAUUUCUUGGUUUUGUUUUAAUUUGUAUUAUUUUAUUAUUAUUAUUGGUUUGGCAUAUUCUUCAGGUCAUUUUUUGGCUUCACCGUAAGUAAAUAAAUGUUCCAACGGUUUGGAGUUUUAUUGUUUCUUGAAUUAUUAUUAUUAUUUUCUGUCUUCACCGCGUCAUGUGUUUGUACAUUGUACAUAGUUACUUCAGUAUUAGAAGGAAAAGGAAGCAUCGUUUGUCCCAUUUAUGAUUAUGUGUUGGUGCUCAUUUGAAAGAAAAAUAAAAGUUUUCAAAUAUUACAAAAAA